CACACACACACAAAUAGAUAAAAACACAAAUAGACAGCUGAAGAGUGAUGGAUGAUCUUGACAAAACUAGCAGCUGUAUAAAUGAGACAGGGAACAGACACUUGGAAAACGCAGCCUGCCUGAAUGCCUCCUUCCAUCCACAAACAUGCAUCCAUUUUUUUUUCUUUUACUGUUUUUCAUCCUGACUAACCCUGCCUUCCUGCUUGCCUCUCCACUUCAUCUUUCCUCUCCCUGCCACUGAUCCCUUCUCCUACGGUCUCCCUUCAUUUAGCAGGUCCAGCUUGUGUGUGCACUGCUGCUUUACCACCAGCCGUUACUCGCUGCCUCCCCCUCCUCUCUCCGGCACGCAGGGAGAAAGAUGGAGGGAGGGGAUGGGGAUGGGAGGGAUGAGCAAUAAAGAGCAGGGACCCUGCACAGUCUGAGAGGAGCAGAAGGAGAAAAAGGGAGAGAGAGAAAAUAAAAAAGGGAAGUGGGACGAAGAGAAGCAGAAUCCUUCUGCAUUGUAUGGAUUGCUUAUUGGAACAAGGAGGGGCAUGUAGAGGGAGGGACAUUGGAGAUUCCUAUCAGUGCGUUUGUGAAAGCAGGAGAGAGAAACGCAGAGUGUGAGAGGGAAGAGCUGUGGAUGUAUGUGUGUGGGAGUGUGUAUGUGUGUGUGUGAUGUGCUCUGGACUCGUUGAACCUGUGCGACGGUGUCUCUAUCGGAGAGCUUUAGAGGCAGUCGGGGAGCUGGUUGAGCAGUGACUCGCCUCAGCGCCUCCUCUGUGUUGUCAUGCUCAACGCCUGAUGCGCUCAGAGGACACAGGCAACCCGGGAGACAGCGAGAGGGGCGUGAUGGCCGGACGCGCCCUGACUCGGUCACGCAUCUCCAGAUAUCCGCCCGGGCUUCCGUUGGCUUCUCCUCCUGAUCCCCUUCAUCCCUCAUCAAUGUCCUUCCUGUGCGUCUCCGUGAGGCUGCCUGCCUUCCUGCCGCCGUGCUCUCUGAAUGGAUGCUGCUGUCAACACACAUGUGUGGCUUGCAACGAGAGCCCAUGAUCUGGACUGGACUGCAUACAGCUCUGGGUGUACUGUGCCAUGCUGCUUUAGGGUGACACUAAUGUAUUUUUAAAGACUUCACCUUUUCACUUUACAGCUGCUGUUCACCAUAUUCUUGAUGACGUAUGAUGCGGGGCAGUUGUUAUUCUGAACUGAAUCAUGAUUUUUGCUCUGAGUGAAGAGGAUGGACUGAGCAACACAUAAGAUGGGGGUGCUGCACAUGAAAAUAAGGUCAAGUAAAUAAUUACCAUCAGGAACGAAGCAUCAGACGCCAUAAUGAAGAUUUAUUUGUCUUAGUGGCGGCAUAUAUAUGCAGUGGAUAGAUUUUAAUUGGGUGUUUUCGAGGAACAAAAGAGCUGCUUGGACUGCACCGACAGUGUGCUGAAGGUUGUCAGCAAGAGUGGAUUUCUUUUCUGUAUGCCAGAGAAAUUAAAAUUACAGCCAACGAAGAAAUCCGUGACUGACAUUAAAAUCCGAAACAAAGAAAUAGGGAUUUGGGGGAUGGAUGAAACCAACAGCCCCUCUGCUGUUGUAUCUUCUGAGGAGAAACUUAAUCUCCCUCCAUGUAAGUUUUUUGUCUGUGUUGUGCCGUCAGAUUCUUUCACAUCCCAACACGCUGGCAGACUGUCAGUUGUUCAUGUCACUCUGUCUGGUUUCAUUCAUCUACCUUGCGUCUACUGAAGCCUGACCACAUGAGCGGAGGCGGCGCCCUGCAGCAACGCACCACCUACCUCAUCUCCCUAACCCUGGUCAAGGUAGAGGCUGUGGAGGAGAAUGGAGGGGAGGCCAAGAACAGCACCCAGGGGAAGGAGGUGGAGGCCGGGUCAGGAGGUGGGGCAGGGGAGGAGGCCGGGGCGAGAGUGGAGGCUGAAGAUAGAGCUCCUGCACAGGCUGAGAAUGGAGCUGGAGUGGUUUUAGGACAACCACAAAGAGCUGAGGAUGGUGCUGUUGUGAAGGAGGAGAAGUUAAUUGAUGAACUCAAGGAUGGGGAGAGAAAAGCCCUCAGCCCUUUGAAAGAUAAACUACCCUCCACUGUUGAUGUCCCGAGCAAAGGAAGUGAAAAGCCACCGAGCAACCUCUCAAUCCCCUUACCUGCUGAGAGAACAACAAUUCAGAAGACAAAGUCUGCAGAGACAGACUUGACAAGAGUGGAGAAGACACUUCCCACACCAGAGGCAAAGCAAUGCAGGUCUCCAUCUCUCACCACAACACCACCAACAGAGGUGUGUGUGGAGCCCAGCCGCACCCCAACCAGGACCAGCCUCCCUAUCCGCCCAGCGGGACAACGGCCUGUGAGUCUGCUCAAGUCUCACAGCAGCGUGGCCACCCGUGGCCGCGACUCCAGAGACGGUAGAGAGCGCAGCCCUACCUCAGCCCAGAGCCUCGACCGCAAGGACUGCCGCAUGCCGACGCGCUCUCCAGGCCCCUGCAGGGCCUCGUGGGCCGAGGCGAGCAGGCCCGAGGGAUGGAGGGACCUGCGGGAUGAAGCUCAAGCUGGAAUACCUCUAGACAUUGGAGGUGGUAUGGCUGCAGUGAUGAGAGACAUCCCCAGGAAGGAGAGACUAAAGACUGGUUCGACCUCCCUACCUGCGCCUGCUACCCAGGCCCCCAAACCGGCACGCAAAGGUAAAAGCCGCACGCUGGAUAACAGCGACCUGAAUAGCCUCUCUGAGGACCUGGGGUUGGCCAGGGAAGCCCAGCAGACACAGCAGGGCCAGCGAGGCUCCGCUAAAGACAGGAAGAUGCUCAAGUUCAUCAGUGGCAUUUUCACAAAGAGCAGUUCGGGGGCAGCGGGGUCAUCCUCCACAGCACCUCCUGUCUAUAUACAGAGAGACUCCAGCGAGGAGGAAGUAAAUAUUGCCAACAGCCAAGAGUGGACCCUGAGCAGAUCCAUCCCAGAGCUAAGACUGGGCAUUUUGGGAAGUCUGAAAAGUGGAAAGUCAGCGUUGGUGAACAAAUACAUUACAGGCAGUUAUGCUGCACUCGAGAAGGCUGAUGGUGGCAGGUAUAAAAAGGAAGUGCUGGUGGACGGACAGAGUCAUUUAUUAUUGAUCCGGGAGGAAGCCGGAUCUCCUGAUGCACAGUUCUGCAGCUGGGUUGACGCAGUGAUCCUGGUCUUCAGCCUGGAGAAUGAGGCCAGUUUCAAGGAGCUCUACCAGCUCUACAGCCAGCUCAGCGCUUUCCGCACAGACAUCCCGGUCAUAGUGGUCGGCACCCAAGAUAAAAUCAGCAGCACCAACCCCCGUGUGAUUGAGGAUCAGAGAGCCAGACAGUUGUGUAUUGACGUCCGUCAUUCGCUGUUUUACGAGACCUGCGCCACCUAUGGGUUCAACGUCGACCGAGUGUUUUCAGAGGCUGCCCAGAAGAUUGUAGCUCAGAAGAAGCAGGCGGCGCUGCAAGCCUGCAAGUCUCUUCCCAACUCGCCCAGUCACUCUGGAGGCUCCACACCUGGAUCAGCAUCGCUCCCUGGCCAGGCCAGUAAUGGCCCUAGUAGUGGCUACGCCUACUCCCUCCCCUCCACCCCUGUGGUCGGUCACAGAGAGCUGCGACUUACGCAGGGAGAGGGGGGAGGCAGUGUCAACUCUCGUGCGCUGAAGGGCAUCCCCAGACGACCCUCCCUCUUCAAGAACCGGGACACGGAUAAGAAAGCUGGCGAUCCUAAAGGAGACCUGAGCAGCGUGCGGGGCGUUCCCAUCAAACAGAGCAUCCUGUGGAAGAGAAGUGGUAGCUCUCUGAAUAAGGAGUGGAAGAAGAAAUACGUCACCCUGUCCAACAAUGGCACGCUGUCUUACCACUCCAGCUCCAGCGACUACGCACAGAAUAUCCAUGGAAAAGAAAUAGACCUGCUUCGUGUGACAGUUAAAGUUCCUGGGAAACGUCCUCCGAGAGCCGUCGCUCCUGUGGGCCCCUCACCUGCGCCCCAUGGCUCUGUAGCUGGAGUUAACGGGCUGAGUAAGGACCCGACAGCCGCUGAUAGCACCAGCACAGUUCCUCAGUUGUGUCCAGCCACCCUGUCAGUGGUUGACGAUCGGUCUGGUGGUUUGUCCUCUCAAGGCGGAGAGAGAGGACUUCAGCGCUGCCCCUCCUCGCUGUCCACCAAAGCACAAAGUGUUGGGACCGCCAGUCAUUUUGCUGGAAAAGACCCCGGCCAGUCGUCCCCCAUGAGCGACAGGAAGAAGAACAGGAGGAAGAAGAGCAUGAAUCAGAAAGGAGAUGCAGCUGUUGGUCAAGCUGAAGCCAAACGCAAAAUGUGGAAAUUAAAGAGCUUUGGUAGCUUGAGAAACAUUAAUAAGACAGAGGAGGAGAAUGCAGACUUUAUCAUUGUGUCGUUUACUGGGCAGACGUGGCACUUUGACGCUCAGAGCCAGGAGGAAAGGGACUCGUGGGUGUCGGCUAUAGAGAGCCAGAUCCUGGCGAGUCUGCAGUCCUGUGAGAGCGGCAGAAACAAGGCGCGUAGGAGCAGUCAGAGUGAGGCUGUAGCGCUUCAGGCCAUCCGUAACGCCAAGGGCAACGGUCUGUGUGUGGACUGCGAAGCACCGAAUCCCACCUGGGCCAGUCUCAAUCUGGGUGCACUGAUCUGUAUUGAGUGCUCGGGGAUCCAUCGAAACCUGGGGACUCACCUGUCUCGCGUCCGCUCGCUGGACCUGGAUGACUGGCCCGGAGAGCUCACACAAGUACUGGCCGCCAUCGGAAACCACAUGGCCAACAGCAUCUGGGAGAGCUGCACGCAGGGCAGAACCAAACCCACGCCUAACGCAACACGUGAGGAAAGAGAGUCCUGGAUUCGUGCCAAGUAUGAACAGCGGGCGUUUGUGGCACCUCUUCGGCCGGCCUCUGGUACUCAGCUGCCAGAGGACACUAUGCCGGUGUGGCUGCUGUCUGCAGUCACCGAGAGAGAUCUGCCCAAGCUGUUGCUUCUUCUGGCCCACAGCACCAAGGAACUGAUCAAUGCUCAACUGGCCGGGUCGACUUUGCCACCUCGCACGGCCCUGCACGCUGCUUGUCAGCUGGGAGAUGUAGUCAUGACCCAGCUGCUCGUCUGGUACGGAAUCGACGUGAAAGCGAAAGAUAACCUCGGCCAGACAGCCAUGAUGAUGGCAAGAAAAAACGGGAGCAAAGGCUGCAUUGAUAUUUUGCAUCAACACGGCUGUCCGAACGAGAUGUCCCCUACCACUGCCACACCUAUCCUCUCCCGCCGCUCCAGCACCGCCAGCCUGGGCCGAACCAGCUCCAGGAAACGGGUGUCGUAGCGUGGACUGAAGAUGCUAGCACACUAGGGGCUGGUGAUGGUUAAGUAACCUUUAGGAUACAGGCGGAGCUGACUUUGGAGACGGGUGUAUUAUAAGAAAAAUGACAGGACUAUAUCAUUAAAAAAUGCUUCUGAAGACCGAACAACAUAUCAAACAACUUAAAAGCAAUAUUCAUUCAAUUUGUUGAUGACAGAUAUAUUGCUGAAAUACUGUGUUGUUGUUGACCUCAUUUCAAAAUGACUCAAGUAGAACUUUGUAGCUGUCCUCUUUAACUUUAGAGCAGGCACUCGGUGUCCUCUGUUUCACUUCCUCCAGAAGAAGUGCAAUAAUUCAGCUAUGAUCGUGAAAGACAACAAGUCUUAGAGGAAACUCUGUCAGACGACUUUGUGGUCACUUAUGAGAGAGUUAUUAGAUCAAGCAGGUGGUGCUUUUAUUCAAAUUUGUUGUGACUGGACCAAAACAGCUAUUUUAUUUUUUCCCUUUGGCUUUACAAAUGAAACAUAAACCUACAAUAUGUCAUGUUGUUAGUUAUGUGUGCCUGUUGCAGCAGUAUAAAGGUCAGUUUAUAUAUAAACAAAUCAGCUGAGAUAAUUCUGCUUAGACUAGAAAAAUGAAUGGUUUGGAAUAUGAAAUAUGUCAGUGUUACUCUCACAGGUCAAAGAUAUGGCGUUUUAAUAUCCUGUAAAUGUACCUAUACUACAAACUUAAUGUUAAACUCUGUAACGAAGACACAACUGAAAAAUCAAGACUCAAUUUUUGUAAAUGAUUUCUUACUGGUAGUUUUGAAAAUAUGUCAAGUUUGUUUUUUCAUUGUCUUUUAUAAUUUCUUAUUCUCCAACAUGUCACAUAAAAGCAUAAACCAGUAAACAAAUGCUUUUACAUCUGUAAACAUGUGGCUGUUUGUUAAAGGUUUUGUUUGGGAUAGCAAGAAGACUGCAUAAAAACAAAGACAUUAUUCAUACAUCAUAUUACUGUUACUGUGUAGGUCGCUCCCAUGAGUUUACAGUGAAGUAUGAAGCGGUUACAGGUGUCAUUGUCACUUCUGACACUUUGUGGGUCAUGUGAAUCCCUCAUGAUCAAAAAGGAAUGGUUAAAUAAAAUAAACUUUUUUUUAUUAGCAUUA